AACGGCAUGAUGUGUGAUUCGAAUGGGUUCACGUCUUGAGUGUCUUGAAAAUAUUUAAUAUACAUUCAGAUAGUGAUGCAGCAAUAGAGGACGCAGUGUUUUCUGUUUGGUCCACGCCAAGCCUAUAUAAUGAGGACUGAGAGUCUGGAAGGCACCCAGAGCCGUCAGGCAGUAAAAUGUGGUCAUGGGUUCCAUGGGACUCAGAACCAAGAAUUAUUGUGCUGGUGAGGGCCAGCAGAAAUUCAGCAGUCAGUCAUUCAAUUUGGUGUGCAGCAUGGGCCCUGCCCUGAGAGCCAGAGUGGCUUGGAGCAACAACAGGACUGGGAACAAGCCAGCUGAUUGUGUGGACAGCCAGUGCAAAGUUCUUGCUGAUAAAACAAACAGUAACAACCUUAUGGCACUCAGGAGGAGGAGAAAUAUGGCCAUUCCACAGCCAAACCUGAGCAGUCAGCAAAAGACCUGCGUCUAUAAACUUGGCAACAAUGCAGAAACCCCAGAUUUACCACCACAAGAGAGGCUUGCACUGUAUAACUUUGAGGUUGAUGAAAAUGAGCCUCUGCCAAAGAAGAAAUCAAAGUACAGGAGGAAAGUGAGGCGUAGGAAGAAGGUGGAUUUGUCAGAUACAUUAUAUGAUAAAUACACCCAAGCGGUAACAGUGAAGAAACAUCUGAAGUCUGGGGAGAAAUGGGCAGUUCUACAGAAGAAACAAGCUAGCUCUCCUGUGACUUGCCAUGAAAAAAUAACCAUGGAAAACAAAGGAAAUAUUUUGGUGGCUGACCCCAAUUUCACUAAUGUGACUCACCAUGACUUUGAUAGCCAACAUAAUAUGGCAGAAGAGAGCAAAGAAAAUGUUUCAGUUGCAUAUGCACACAAUGGUAGCAUGACUUACCUUGAUUCUGAUAGCCAAAUGAGGACAGCAACAGAGAACACAGAUGGUACUGUUGCCGACAGAGCUUACACGUGUCAAAAGAUCAGUGUAAUUCAGAACAAACCCACAACUAUGAUGACAGGAAACAAAGAAAUUGCUGGUGUGGCAGGCAGUCAUCUGAGUAUUUGCAAAAGUCUGGCAGAGGGCUCUGAGCCAAGCUGCAGUGUCAGUGAGUCUGCACCCAGCCAGGUCUCAUCUUCAUGUAGGCAAAGCCUUCUCUUUAGUCCUAUUGAGAGGUGCCCUUUGCGACAAAAUACCUUCAUGACAGUGAGAUGGUCAGGAAGGAGUCAAGGCACUCGUGGCAUCCAGUCAGUAGAUGACUUCACUGUUGACAACUAUUUUGGUUUUGAUGAGGAAUCUGAGGAUGACCUCCAUCUGUCACUGUCUCCUGUGAAGAUGGCCCCUGAGUCGAAGCCUGUCUCAUCAGUGCCAUUUGCAGUGAGCUCGACUCCAAACCUAAAGCCAACUUUCACAAGACCAGAAGCCAUGUCCAUGAAUUUGAUGCAAAGUAGAGCACAGACAGCUGCACUCGUCUCUUUACAUUCCACCACUGCUUCUGAGCAUUCACUUGCAUCUGAUGUGGAACCCCCAGACAUACAUGACCCGUCUCCUCCUGCCCUCUUUGAGGAUAAGAGUGACCCAGUGACCCACUUCAUGAAGCAGCCACGCAGGUCAUAUGAACGACCAAUGAGAUCACGCCGAGAAUCACAUUCUGAAGAGGAAAGCUUGCGUGAAGAUGAAACAUGCAACAGAAAGCGGAGCAAGAGGAGUAAGAAGGCCACAGCUGAGGAGAAGAUCAUGAAGAAAUGGGCGGCCAAUGUGAGUGCACAGUUCGAUGAGAUUGAGAAUUUUGAACUUUAUGUUGAGUGAAGCUGUAAUCAUCCCUUCUCUUGAAUUUCCUUUAACAUAACUGACAUGAGAUUUUGAUGACAUUUUAUUGAGCUAUGUAAGAUCUGAGACAAGUAGAUUCUAAAGGGUUCAGACGAUGGUGUA